AAUCGAGGUUUUGCUGCUGGCUCUCCUAUUGCAGUGCAACCUCUGACUCCUCUUCGGCCUUAAGCGGAUGGCCUAAGAUAGUGGCAGGUGUUAAACAAGUCUCACCACUGCGCUUUGCGUAGUCGUAUAACAUAGCAGCACGGUGAACAACACCCACCUUUGUUAUUAAACGCGCAGCAAAUUACGGCAGCUCUACUGCAACCACCUUGCGAGAAAUUUCGCUGAAUAGUGAGGGGGCAUAUAGAAUUUCGUCGGUGUCGUGUAGCCUGAGAAAAUGCAUUUCCUCAAGCUACACGACACCAAGUCUCCAUUCCGGUGUCUUAGUCUUCUGCCGCUCUUCCAACCAUCCACCGCACUCCCUAAUCCCCAAGAUUCCCACACAAACCCAGCAUCCGCCGGUACACAUGACCUCAUCUCACAUUUUCAAUACUUCCUGACUCCAAACCCGCCGACAUGCCCGACUAUGCUCAUCAACCCAGACCGGACACCUUACCGCCUCUCGAAACCUUCGCCAAGCGGUCCCCCACUCCCACCGGAAUCAUCCGUAUACCGCCCGCAUCUCCCAAACCAGCAUCGAGUGCCUCUGAGCCUCGAUGUAAGUCGGCUACCACGGCCGACGGCUUGCCACGUAUGUUCAGAGGACGUGGUAUACAAGGCUCUUGCGAGCCAUGCUCUGCUGCUUACUUCGAGGCUACAAGGUCGCGCCGAGAGAGCGACAUCCUUUCGAACCGGUGACAGGCUUUUUUUACCAAGUAGCUAAAGGUCACGCUUCAUAUGGCACGCACCGUAGAAGACAGACACAAAGGUCAAGGAGUAGAACCGGUGGUGCUGCGAGAGUGGAUGCUGAGACAGUUGGUUUUUUUCUGUGCAGCCGAGCGUGUAAAAUGCUUAGGAGU